AUGGAGGGACUUUUCACUCUGCUCGCCCUGAGCAUUGUGAUGGCAAUUACAUCUUUUGUUGUGGGCUCAUUACCACUUGCAUUUACACUCUCCCCUUCCCAGCUGAGGCUAAUAUCCUCCAUUGGUAUGGGAGUAUUGGUUGGAACAUCCUUGAUCGUCAUUAUCCCAGAAGGGGUGGAGACCCUGUAUAGCGCGAGCUCGCCUGCCGUCCGCAAUGGUAUCAGCACCCGGUCGACAUCGACAGCCGUCAAUUGGCCAAUCCAUAAAUCGCCGGCAGUCAAAAUCUACGAGCCGAGAGAUAUUUUGAGUUUUGGAGAUGCAGCGGAGGUGCCCCCGCCGGACUUUGACAGCGUGCCGACUACACCUACGCUACGUGUCACCCGCGAUGAACAAAACCAGAUACAUGAACGGAAAGAAGAGACAUCAGGCGACACCGAACACGAAGCUCAUGAGGAAGAGAGCUCGCCUCACGCAUGGAUUGGAAUCGCGCUCAUCAGUGGCUUCAUACUGAUGUACCUUAUUGACAAGCUCCCUGUUUUAGCGUCGCCGAGCAAACAGGAGAGAACCCCCUACCACAUAUCACUGGACAACCUGGGAUCGGGGUUGCGACGGAAUUCAUCCCCGUCGCGGGAAGGAGGUCUCCUGGAUGCUGGAAAUGUCCCCAAAAGUAGUCACAGCUUCGCCACGACUACCGGACUCGUCAUCCAUGCUGCCGCUGAUGGAAUCGCCCUGGGUGCCUCUAGUUCCGACUCCGGACUCAGCUUUAUCAUAUUCCUUGCGAUCAUGGUACAUAAGGCCCCGGCUUCCUUCGGUCUCACUUCUGUGCUGCUCAAGCAGGGGCUCUCUAGUCGCACCGCCAGAGCUCAUUUGUUGGUUUUUAGUCUGGCAGCCCCCUUGGGAGCUUUGAUGACUUUCUUAUUUGUGCAAGUCAUGGGUUCGGGCUCUAGCGGCGACGAAAUGAGUACGCGUUGGAGGACAGGUGUACUGCUGCUGUUCUCUGCUGGUACCUUCUUAUAUGUCGCCAUGCAUACGAUGCAAGAAAAUAGUCCCAACACCUCCCGUGAAUCUCCCGCAAAUGGGUAUGGUGAUCCUCGGGAUCUCCCAGCGAAGCACGACAAAUCCAUGAGAGAUCUUAUUGCUUCUGUCGUUGGCAUGAUCUUGCCAUUAUUCCUGCAAUUAGGCCAUGCUCACUAG